AUUAAAAAAAAAAAAAAAAAAACUCGAAAAAUCAAAUCCGUCUCCCUCUCUCUCUGUCUCCCAUUUCCUCGUUUCCAUCACUCGCUCUCAAUAUAAAUAUAUACAUAUAUAAUAUUAUAGGUUUUCUUUCUCUUGUAUAUUUCAUCUCUCCCAUCCCACUCUCUCCUUGUUCCUCUCUCUCAAUAUAUAUAUAUAUAUAUAUAUAUAUACAUACUACAAAUAUAUAUAUAUAAAUAGAUAUAGUUGUUUCUGUUGUGUAUUAUCUAUCUUGGAGUCAGUGAGGGUUUGGUGUAGGGAUGAAGCUUCGGAUGCGAACAAAUUGGGAUUCAAAUGGUGUUGUAUGAGAAAAGAGGUUGGAUUUUAAAUGCAUGGAUCUGCUGGUGGUCAUAUGGCCUCCAGCCUGAAGAUACCAGUACGAUUGAAAUUGUCAUCCAUUAUGUUGUUGCCUAAGAACUGUUCUUAGAUUGAACUUUUAUGGGGUAAGAAGAGGGGGCGAAAUGGUUUUGCAUUCCAAAUAUCUAAAGACAUGGAGGAGACACGAGAUGAUGCAGGGCCAGCAGAGCAGGGGCUUCCUAGUGCUUCAUGGUGGCCUUCAGAUUUUAUGGAAAGAUUUGGAUCUGUUUCUUUGGGUUCUCAAGAUGAUAGCUUAAGCAAUACAGAAUCACCCAGAAAUUCUGAGCAAGAUGUGUUGUCAUCUCAGAAAGCAUCACAGAUUCUGUGGCGUACUGGAAUGCUUUCUGAACCAAUUCCAAAUGGUUUCUAUUCUGUUAUUCCGGAGAAAAGCCUCAAGGAGAUUUUUGAUGAUAUUCCCUCUCUUGAUGAACUUCAUGCUUUGUGGGGAGAGGGUUUUAAAGCUGAUGUCAUUCUUGUAGAUGGCGCCAGAGAUAAAAAGCUGUCCAUGCUGAAGCAAUUGAUUGCUGCACUAGUGAAAGGAUUGAACUCAAAUCCAGCUGCAAUGAUUAAAAAGAUUGCAGGAUUGGUUUCUGAUUUCUAUAAACGGCCAAACGUGGAAAGUCCAGCAAAAGCUGCACUAGAAGAAACCUCCAACUUUUUUGAGAAUCGUGGUCUGCAGAUGCUUGGGCAAAUAAGGCAUGGUUCAUGCCGUCCUCGAGCAAUAUUGUUUAAAGUCUUGGCAGAUGCUGUUGGUCUUGAAAGUAGGCUCAUGGUGGGUUUGCCUAGUGAGGGGGCUAUUGAAUGUGCGGACUCAUAUAAACAUAUGUCUGUAAUAGUUGUGUUGAAUUCUGUUGAAUUCUUGGUUGAUCUUAUGCGGUUUCCUGGCCAGUUAGUUCGACGAUCAACCAAGGCAAUUUUCAUGUGUCAUAUUUCUGCAGCUGGGGAGAGUGAUUCUGCUGAGAAUGAUUCAUGUGAUUCACCAUUAGAACCAAAUAGUCCUCUAUAUGGGUUUUCAGAGAGAUUAGAUCCUGACAGUACUGAAAAAGAUGAGAACCUUCAGUUCCGAAGGUUUGAUUCAAAUGUGCCAGGACCUUCACUACGAAACAUGAUGUUGCGAACUACUACUGCUGCCGAGAGGAAAUUAAGUUUAUCUCAUAGUGAACCCAACAUUGCAAAUACAUUUUGGCGGCGUAGUCGGAGGAAGGUGAUUGCUGAACAGCGGACUGCUAGUUCAAGUCCAGAGCAUCCUUCAUUACGAGCCCGUGGACGGUCCAUGCUUAGUGGUGAUAGAAAAGAGUAUGCAGAUGACAUGUCUACAUCAAGCUAUAGGUCAGAUGGUGCAUCGAUGUCAGAGGCUCGUAGGUUAAGAAGAAGGAGCAUUAGCAUUACACCAGAGAUUGGUGAUGAUAUCGUAAGGGCUGUACGGGCAAUGAAUGAAACAUUGAAGCAAAAUCGGCUGUUGAGAGAGCAGGGUGAUGAUAGAUCAUUUUCCCAUCAUGCGGAUGAUGGUAAUAGAAGUUCUGUUCCGCAGAAAAAUGAUCAAAUAAGUUCUCAGAAGGCAAUUUCAUUACCCUCAUCACCACAUGAUUAUAGGAGUCAAAUUUCUGGGCGAAGUGGACCUUCAGGUUAUGUGGCAAAUAAUGAAUUGGUCUCAAGAUGGAAUAAAGUUCUUGAGUCUUCCUUGUUUAAUAACAAGCCUCUGUUACCUUACCAAGAAUGGAAUAUCGAUUUCUCAGAGUUGACCGUUGAAACUCGCGUUGGUAUAGGGUUCUUUGGAGAAGUUUUUCGUGGCACAUGGAACGGCACAGAUGUUGCAAUCAAGGUUUUCUUAGAGCAAGAUUUAACUGCUGAAAACAUGGAAGACUUCUGCAAUGAGAUAUCCAUUCUUAGCCGACUUCGACAUCCUAAUGUUAUUUUAUUUCUGGGUGCAUGCACCAAGCCUCCACACUUGUCAAUGGUUACUGAAUACAUGGAGAUGGGUUCCUUGUAUUAUUUGAUCCAUUUAAGCGGUCAGAAAAAGAAGCUUAGCUGGAGGAGGAGGUUAAAAAUGUUGCGUGAUAUUUGCAGGGGAUUGAUGUGCAUACACAGGAUGAAGAUAGUUCACCGAGACCUAAAAAGUGCAAAUUGUCUUGUGAAUAAGCAUUGGACAGUCAAGGUCUGUGAUUUUGGUCUCUCUAGAAUAAUGACAGAGACACCCAUGAGGGACUCCUCAUCUGCAGGAACUCCAGAAUGGAUGGCACCCGAACUUAUUCGUAACGAACCCUUCACUGAAAAAUGUGAUAUUUUUAGCCUAGGGGUUGUAAUGUGGGAGCUUUGCACUCUGAGUAGACCAUGGGAAGGUGUUCCAACAGAGAGGGUAAUAUAUGCUGUUGCGAAUGAGGGAUCGAGAUUGGAGAUUCCUGAAGGUCCACUAGGAAGGUUAAUUUCAGAUUGUUGGGCAGAACAGCAUGAACGGCCAAGCUGUGAGGAUAUACUCGCCCGUUUGCCAGAAUGCGAGUACAAUCUUCGCUGAUACAAUCUGUUUGUGUACAGAAGGAAAAAAAAGAAAAAGAAAAAGAAAAAGACAUGGGUAGAGUUGUUACACUAUAUUCUCGGCUUCAGUUGUAUACUGUCAUGAGUUUUUCCAAUCAUUGUAAAAUCAUAAAAUUGUUGUCUUCUUUUUUCUUUUCUUUUUUUAACUUUGUUCUAUGGUGCGGCAAACUCAUCUUUUUUGUUGAAAUUAAAAAGCAGAAAACUUUGUUUC